AUGUCAAAAUUCACAUCUCAAGUCUUGCAUGUGACAACAAAACAUAGUCAGAAUGAAACAUUAAAUUCAUUUCAAAAUAUAAAUUAUAAGAGGAACAAGAUACCAGAUAAAGAAAUUGUCAAUUUUUUAUUUGAAAAAUUGUUGUCAAUACGAAUAUUUUCAAAAGAAGCGGUAAAUUCAUUACGACGGGAAUCAUUAGAAAGAAAAUGGGAGUUACUAUUAAGAGAAAAUGAGACUAACAGUUCAUUUGAUUUAAGUGUUACACCUCAUCAACUUAUUAAGGAACGUCAAUUUGACCUUGAAGAGUUCAACUCUAAAAACGAACUCGCUAUAAAAGAUAACCUGCCUGAAUGGUAUAUCUCGCAGAUAAUGGCAAAUAAUUUAAAAUUAAUGCAUUUCAAAACUUUAGAAAAAAAAUUAGAUAAUAAAUCUCAAUUAAAUGAUUCUGAUUUUAAUUGGGUGGACAGCUUUUUGUUUCAUCAAGGGGAUUCUGCACUAUCUGCAUUUCUAUUAAAGAUAGCCAAGAGAAGUGUUAAAUCAAAUGAAGAGUUAGAUAUUGAAUAUUUAAUUAUCAAAUGUUUAAAACAUAUUCUUCAUUUUGAGAGGGAAGAAAGUUUACAAUCAGGGAUGGCAAAUUCCAAAAAGACUAUUAUUAAUGCUUUAUCCAGAUCAUUGAGAUCACCUCGUAUUGCUACUAGAGUUUUGGUAACAGAAUUAUUCAUUAAUUUAAUCUACUAUAGCAAAGGAGACGAAGAAAUAAUUAAUAGUAUUUCAAAUGAAACUGGAAAAUUUAAGUCUUGGUUUGAUGUGGUAAAAUCUUCAUUAUCAAAUAACUGGUUACUUGAAAAUGUUGAUUCAUAUUUGGCAAAUUAUUUCACAAUCACAUUGAUGAUGGUUAAUAGCAUUCUCCAAAGUGCUGGAUCACUAAGGAAGAGAUGUCUAUUGCGUCAAGAUUACAAAAAGGCAGGUAUUGCAGAUAUACUCGAGAAAGCUAAUUAUUUUAAAAACAUUAGGAUUAGGAAUGAAAUUGACAAAUAUACUUCGUCUCAACUUGCAGAUAAUGAAUUUUCAAGGGAGAAAGUAGGUAAAAGCCUACCUCGACUACCAGUCAAAAGUUCAAAUGAAGAUUGCUUAGUUUCCAGUUCUAGGGAAAUUGUUCAUGGAACAAAGUUAGACAUUGAUAUCGAAACUAUUUUUAAAGAAUUUUUUCUGCAAGGCCAAAAGUCCAAUGAUAUUAAAAAGACAUUUGAAAUAUUUGAAAUCAUAUUAACAAAAUUACUUUCAAAUGAUAAUGUAUCAAAUGUUUCCAUUCAAAGAUUGAUUGAUGGUUUGGCAUCAGAGGUUACGACCAGGAAAGCUAUUGAAGAGUGUGGGAAAUUGCAAAAAGAAAUUAAAUUUUUGAAGGAGUCUAAUGAAUUAUUGAAACAAAACUAUUCAAUUGAAGAUACAGAAGAAAAGCAAAAGAUAAUUGAUCUACAAAAUGAACAGAUAGUGUCUCAAAAGAAACAAAUAGGGUUAUUACAAAGACAAAUUAAACAAUUUGAAGAAGAUAAAGGUCGAAGUGCUCGUCAAAGAAUAAUAACUCAUUCAUUUGAUGAUCUUGCUGAUACAAGGAAAAAUUCACCAAAAAAAUCAACAAUUUAUUCAAACAAUGUUCCAGCUAAUUGCGUUUAUGCUGAUUUAAAUGACACGAGUUCUUCUUCAUUUCAUAGAGGUCCACCAACUCCACCUGCAUUAUUAUCAAAAUUUGACAUCCUUUCAGAUUCGGAGAUUAAAUUACCCACUAGGAAGCCAAAUCUAGCCAGACUUUUGGGUUUAGAGCCAUCGAAUGAUAUUGGGACGAUAAAGUCAAGUUCACCCCUUAACGUACCAACUCCACCACCAGUUCCCGGCUUUCUUGACAGUAAGGAAACAUCUGCUUCAUCUUCAACUCAUUCUUCACCACCACCAAAUGUUGCCAUAUCAACUGAACCGCCCGAAGUUGCUUCAGCUCCACCAUUACCCGAUUUUUUGAAGAAAGCUACAUCAUCAGCUCCCAAUCCACCAUCGUUACCAACAUUUUUGCAGCCAGCCAUAAAUCCAUCUAACUUAUCCCCGAACUUUUCAACAAACUCAAAAACAGACAAUCCAGCGGCAGUUACCUCGUCCUCAACUUCACCAUUAGCACCUCCAGCACCUCCAUUAGCACCUCCUUUACCACCUCCAAUAGCAUCUCCAUUAGCACCAGCACCUCCAUUAGCCCCUCCAAUAGCACCUUCUUUAGCCAAAGUCUUUCUGCAUUCGUCCAAGAAGAAGAGCCAAGCGGUUGCAACAAAAUCAGACAACAAUCUGUCAAUAAGUGCAGAAGACAAAGAUGCAGGCAUCACAUUGUCAUCAUCCAGACCAAAGGUGAAGUUAAAACAGUUUCAUUGGAACAAAAUCAAUGAUAUCGAGAGAACUUUUUGGAAAGAUAUGGAACUUACAUCAUUAUCCGAUAAGCUCGCGGAACAAGGAGUAUUCGACGAUAUUGAAAAAGUGUUUGUGGCUACGACCCCCAAUACAAAAAAGACAAUUGAAAAGAAAGAGAAUGAACCAACAAAUAAAAUUAGUUUUUUACCCAGAGAUUUGGCUCAACAAUUUGGUAUUAAUUUAUACGCUUUUGCUGGUUUAUCUGAGGAAAAAUUAGUAAUGAAGAUUUUGAGAUGCCAUUCAGAUGUAUUGGAAAACAUUAGUGUCAUUGAAUUUUUCAACAACGAUGCUUUAUUCGAAAUUAGUGAUAGUUUACUGAAAAAUUUGUUACCAUAUUCAAGUGAUCCAAGAACCAAGAGAUUACCAACUAAAGAUCCAAAUAAUUUGGACAGACCUGAUAGGAUUUUUUUGGAGUUGUGUUUCAAUUUAAGACAUUAUUGGCGAGCGAGGUCUAAAGCAUUGUUGUUUGCUCAAACUUACCAGAAAGACUAUCAUGAUUUGAGCAUGCGAUUAGAUUUGUUAGACAUGGGAAUAGAGUGCUUAAAUAGGUCAGAAAAUUUUAGAAAAGUACUAAGUGUUAUUAAAUUGAUUGGAAAUUUUAUGAAUGGUGCUUCAAAACAAGCUUCAGGAUUUACUUUAGAUACUUUACAAAGGUUGAAAUUUAUGAAGGAUGAACUGAAUUCUAUGAGCUUUUUGCAUUAUAUUGAAAAAAUUAUAAGGCAAUCAUUUCCAGAAUAUUCAUCUUUCGUAGACGAAUUAAAUGAAUUAUAUGAAAUCCAGAAUAUUACAACGGAGCAAUUAGAGUUAGAUUGUCAAGAAAUGAUCAAAAAUUUAAACAUCAUCAACAAUGCAUUGGAGAACGGUAAAUUAAGCAGAAAAAACGAUUUACAUCCAUCAGAUAGAAUCAUUACAAUACUCAAUAAUUCCAUGAAAGAUGCAGAUGAAAAAAUCCAGUCCCUUCAAACUCACAUGAAAGACACAAUGUCCAAGCAUAAAUCUAUUAUGACAUUUUUUGGUGAGAGUAUAAAUGAUGGUAAUUCAUCGAGGGACACUUUUUUUUCAAAAAUAAUGAUUUUUGUAACAGAAUACAAAAAAGCACACGUUGAAAAUAUUCAAAAGGAAGAAGAACAAAAAGUAUAUGAAAUGAGGAAAAAGAAAAUUGAAGAUGUUUUGGCAAAAAAUUUACAGGAUGGAUCAAAAUAUGUUGAUAGUGUUGAAGAUGCAUCAGCUGCAAUUGAUAGAUUAUUAGAAAAACUUCGGACUGCUGGACACAAGAAGGAUAGAAAAACCAAAAAAAAUAAAAGCGAUUAUCUUGAUUCAAAAUCAUCAGAUUCGGAUGCACCAGGUACAGCUGAUCUUGAAUACGAAAGUGUUAAUAAUUUGAAACGAAGGUUAACAAAUAGGAAAAAAAAUAAUGAUAAGGAAAUAACUAAGGUAGAUCACAUCAACACUGUUCUGCGUGCUCAAGUUAUGUUACAACAACUAAGAAACGGACAAGCUGAAGAUCAAACAGACAAGAAAAGUGAUAGUCAAUCUAGUGUUCAAGCUGAAAGUAUAGUCGACGAAAAUGAAGAUAAAGAAAAUUUCAAACAGGAGAUUUUGAAGAAAGUAUAA